UUUCUCAGGAAUUUCAGUCCAAAUUAUUAUUGCUGGACUCACGCUUGUUGGUCCAGUUCUCGGAGCGUUACUUCCCGAGAUCCAUCUUCAGAUGACACCUGAGGAAAGACUUAAGAUAUUUCGUACAGCAGGAACGGACGUACCGCCUUACGAAAUAGCCGAGAUUAAGUCAGCAAGAAUUCAGAAAAGAGACGCUCAAGCGGGACAUCGCAUAAAAAUAAGAGCUUUUGGCGAAGACAUUGAACAUUACUUGACUCCGUUAGAUGAUGUGCUAGUGACUAACAGUACCCGAAUUCAAGAGAUUCGUACCAUUAAAAAUGGAAACCCUGGAGAUUAUAAAGUAGAGGAUUCUAAUACUACUAUAGACAUGAUUAGAGAUUACAUUUAUGAAGAAAAAUCUCGCGGAAUCACUAUAGCUAUUAAAAAUAACAAUGGUAGCAGAGAAAUGAGUGGAAUUAUUGGGUACAAAAAUUUGCAAGUUAGUCCAAUGCCUUCUCACCUCAGAAAAUCAUUAGAUCUAAAUCGAUCUAGCAGAUCUGUCGAUGAUGAAAUCGAUUCCGAAUACGAUGAGAAAUUAUAUCAUAUAAUCCAUAAACUUCCAAGUAUUGACGAUCAAAACCUGACAGCUCCAUUGUUCAGAGUACAGAGAUCUUAUUCAAAUGAACAAGAAUCAGAGGACUCUGAUCAUUCAAUAGCAUAUCCUGAAAUUCUUGUAAUAGUUGAUCAUGGUUUAUUCAAAAUAAUGAAUUUUGAUAUGACUGACAUGGUUGUUUAUGUAAUUGCUUUUUGGAAUGGUGUUGAUAUGUUAUACCGAGAUUUUGAUGAUCCUAAGAUCAGGUUAAAUAUCGCUGCAAUAGCUGUCGCUCAAGAUUCAAAAGCUCUUGACUACAUUAAACCCGACAAUUCUGGGCUGAACGCAGACAGAACAUUAGAAGAAAAGGGUAAAUGGUUAUUUGAAAGUAGUAAGAAUGUGAAUAAAUUCCAGACUUGGUCGUAUGAUGCAUCUUUAACCAUGAUAGGUUCCUAUAAAUUGGGCAGAAUAAUAAAUGAAAAGUUUUCUCCGAAGGUAGGUGGUAUUGCUAAUCUAGGAGAAAUAUGUCGAACAAUUGAUAAUUCCAGUGAAGUUACAAAAUGCGGGAUUUUUAAUGAUGUAGGAAAUUAUCAAGCUAUUCGUGCGGCAGCUCAUGAACUGGGACACAUACUUGGUUCUAAACAUGAUGGUGAUCCUGAAGUAGCAAGAGAAUGUAGUUCAGAACUGGGUGCAAUUAUGGCUUCUUCGAAUUCCGACAAUGAUGAAUCACCAUAUUCACAUUCUUUUUCAGAAUGCUCUAAGGCUCAAAUAAGAAGAAAUUUACGAGAGGAAUCUGCGAACUGCGUAUGGACAAAGCCUAAGGGUAGCAAUACCAAACCACUCCCAAGAAUAUUACCAGGAAAAUUGAUAAGCGCAGAGGCACAAUGUCCUGCGAAAAGAGGGUAUCCAAUUCCAGUAAAGGACGAAAGUAUGUGUCGAAUCCUAAUUUGUAAAAAUUUGACGGGUAAUAGAAUUAUUAGUAUUGACAAACCAGCGGCCGAUGGUACUUCUUGUGCCGAAAAUAAAGUUUGCUUACAUGGACAUUGUGUUGAAGAAGGAGAAGUACUCAGCUAUUAUGCAUGUAAGGUUAAUAACAAUACUGAAGAAUGUAACAGGCUUAAAUAUUGGUAA